ACUACUUCUGAACAUAAAGGUCUAGUAUAUUGAGAUAGAAUGGAAAUACAGUUUUGAAAAAAAGAGAGAAAUGAUAGAAAAUUUCCAACCUAAUGAGAACUCUUCUCAAGUAAUUUUUGAAUGAAUGAUGGUGGGAAUUCCCUGACGGUCCAGUGGUUAGGACUCGGCGCUUUCACUGCUGGGGCCUGGAUUCAAUCCCUGGUCAGGGAACUAAGAUCCUGCAAUUGCUCUGGUGUUUAUAUGACAUGGGAUACAUUGAAAAGCGUGGUUUAAUAGUUUUGUUAUAAAAGUCAACAUUUAUGGAUACAAUUGAUGUGAUAACUUUUGCAGCUAUUUAGAAUUGUGAUGAAGCAAUGAAGGUAACUUAACUCUGUGUGAGGGUUUUAGGGGCUGAAUGUUUGUGCCCCUCACCAUUCAGAUGUUGAAGCCCCUCCCCCCUCCCCCCUGCAAUGUGACAGUAUCUGGAGGUGGGGCCUUUGGGAGGAAUUAGGGUUAGAUAGGUCAUGAGGGUGGGGCCCAUAUGAUGGAAUUCGUGCCCUUAUAAGAAGAGGAAGAGAGAGAAAUCUCUCUGUCUCUCCGUGUCUCUCUCUGUGAGCACACACUGAGGAAAGGCCAUGUGAGGGUGCAGUGAGAAGACAGCCAUCUACAAGCCAGGAAGGGAGCUCUCACUAGCGCCUGACCUUGCCGGCACCCUGAUCUCAGACUUCUGGCCACCAGAACCAGGAGAAAAUACAUUCCUAUUUUUUAAGCCACCCAGUCUAUGGUAUUUUGCUAUGGCAGCUUGAGUUAAUACGGAAGGGGUGUUUUGUUUUUCCAGAUUCUUUUAGUGGAGAACCCAAGCAGAAACAUUCGCAGGCCAGUGAGGAGGAUCCAUGUUAGUAUGAGGACAAGCAAGAUGUGGUUCCCUGUUCUCCCUGGAGAGAGAAAACAAACCCAAGGGUCACCACACUGGACUGUGAGAGGCAAGGGAGGGGGCUGUGUAAUUGAGAGGUUUGGUGGAAGAUGCUAUAAAUGUUAAGAUGCACGUGAACAUGGACUCUAAGGCCCGACUUGGAACCCCAGGUCUGCCCUGGUAGCUGUGUCACCUUGGGCGAAUUAACCUCUCUCCAGCUCAGUCUGCUCAUCCACGAAAGGGGGAUGAUAAUAAUAAUAAUAAUAACUCCCUCAGAGGGUAGUUGUGUGGCGAGCUUAGUGCUGUGUUGCUAGGUUAACUGAAUUAACCUGUGUAAGAGGCUGGGGGCGUUGAGGAAGAUGGAGCUCGGUGGGCCUAGAAUGGGUAGGAAAGUUCUUGCAAGCACUGGCAAGGCGGAGGGGUGAAGGAUGAAGAGAAUGAGAGGAAGGUGGUGGUGGGGGGAGAGUAUGCUGGAUUCGGGGACAGGGAGGUCACCUCCCCACCCAGGGUACCAGGGGCCUCUGGUGAUCUGAAUUCUCUCACGCCUGGUUACCAUUCUGGGCAGUGUUGAUGUAUCACUGUGUGCAUUGCGUUCACUCUGGAGUAACUUUUACUUGGAUGUUAACACUGACAUUUGUCCUUUUUUGUCUCCAUUGUUUACUGCUCCUGUAGUCUUGUCAUUUUCUCACUGCUUAUAAAGAAAGAAAUAGAGAGAACAAUGGCCUUGAGGAGGCCUCUAUAAAUGAUCUCAAGCCUGUUGCAAGAGUCCUAAAAACAGAACAAAACAAAAAUUAAAAUUCUCGGAACCAAGUAAUUUUAAUCACAUUGCUUUCAGGAACAAAUACAUGUCAUAUUAGACUCAUGGCACGGUCGUGAGUCAUGAAGUUUUGGAAAGUGCUGGGUGUGGGACCACUGGGUUUUGUCCCCACCAAACCAGACUUCCUUUGGAUAAUUGUUGACGUCCCACCCAUCAUGUUCCUCAAAGUCCAAGGAAUGAAAACCUGCUCUCCUGCUAUGUUUCUUGCCUAAAGGGAGAUGCUAGCUUCCCCCAUCUUGUCUAAACACGCACAGCCUGUCCGGCUGCUCCCUGGAACAACACACACUGUCAAGCUUCUAUUUUAACCCUGUCAGAGCAGUGCAUCCAUGCAUUUCCAGGUGGCUAGCGGGAUGAGGCAAGGAAGCUAGAAGGAUGCUCCAGGACUGUGUUAGGCGUUUGAGGCAAGGAGGGACCCUGCCCUGCUGUGGUCGGUGGAGGGCUCUGGCCUCUGUGUUGAGCUCAGAUGCUUAGUAGGGAUCUGGGGCGGGGCUGGGUACAGUCAACAUCCAUCCAUCCUUCCAUCCCACGUCCAUUGCUCCUCUGUCCGGACAGCCUCUGCUCAUACAGCCCGCUCAUGCGCACUGGCGAAUGCAGUCGUUUCCCAGGCCACAAAACCACACCUCAGAGGAUGUGGUCCGUACUCUCAAAGUGUUUACUCUAGUUUUAAGAGAGGACACAUAUGUGAUUGUCACCUAAAGCAGCACGUCAGCAAGGGCGCUUUUGCAAGUGAGAAUCUCAGAGGCAGGGGAACUGAGAAAGGUCAUCUGAAUUUAGGGAAGUGAUGAGAUGAAGCUGAGUUUUCAGGGUGGAAUGGAGGCUCGGCCGUAGUGGUUCAGGUCAGAUGCACUCAUUUGGCAAAUAGGGGUUGAACGCUUCCUGGAUUGGGUAACCGGAUUAUGCAGUGUGUGAAGCAGAUAGACAUCCCUUCCCUCAUGGAAUUCACAUCUUAGAGUUGUGGUGUUUUCUUGUUGGAGCAGUUAGCUCAGUGUCGUGGACAGGAAACCUUACAGACACAUGAAGCCUUCAACCAUCUGGAACUCAGAAACUCGACUGGGACUGACUGUGGCUUCUAGACCGUCCAGGUGUUCUGCAGAUGUGAAAACUUAUCCCGCACUUGCCAGCUGGAGCCCCGAAUAGAUGCAAGGCUCGAGCUCCGGCUCUCACAUCUCUGAGCACAGAGGGGUCAUCUCCUAAGUGGCCAGGGAGCAGUUGUUGACACCGAGGUCUGAUUGCUGCACACGACCCGUCACCUUACGGGGCUGCGCUGGAGAAAGUCAAGUUCAGGGUCGUGAGUUUCCCGACUCUCGUGAAUUAGGAUUCCAGACGCGGGCCUCAUUUCUGUAGCGCCCACCAUCCCUGUAGGCAUCACCACCAUCACCAUCACCACGAGCAUCUUCUUGGAAACUCCACCACUGCAUCACUGCACACAGUUGGAAACCUCCCCUGAUCGCCAUGGCCUGCCCUUUCCUAAAGGUUCUGUUGGUGGGGGUUUGUGGACUUCCACGCGGCUGCGUCCACCUGCUCGCCCUCCCGGGCCGCCCUGCUCACCGGCCGGCUUGGCCUCCGCAAUGGAGUCCCUCACAACUUUGCGGUCACCUCUGUGGGGGGCCUUCCACUCAACGAGACCACCUUGGCCGAAGUGCUGCAGCGGGCUGGCUACGUCACCGGGCUGAUUGGCAAGUGGCAUCUUGGACACCAUGGCUCUUAUCACCCCAACUUCCGUGGCUCACUUGGGUGGGUUUGAGGUGCCAGGGUUGCCUCUGUUUGCACAUCCCUCUUGCCCGGCACCUUUCCCGGCCCCCCUCUUUGGUGCCUGUCUACCCUUCGGGCUACCCCGUCGUGAGGCCAUCAGUGUUCUCCUCGACCCAGUCCUUCACGUGUCUGGGAACACUUGGCCCCCGUGAGGCCCCGCGUGGGUUUGAUUACUACUUUGGAAUCCCGUACAGCCAUGACAUGGGCUGCACUGAUACCCCCGGCUACAACCACCCCCCUUGCCCGGCAUGUCCACGGGGCGGUAGACCGUCAAGGAGCCCUGAGAAGGACUGUCACGCUGACGUGGCCCUUCCUCUCUAUGAGAACCUCAGCAUCGUGGAGCAGCCCGUGAACUUGAGUGGCCUCGCACAGAAGUAUGCCGAGAAGGCCACCCAGUUCAUCCAGCGGGCGAGUGCCAGCGGAAGACCCUUCCUGCUCUACGUGGGCCUGGCCCACAUGCACGUGCCCCUGUCCAGGACCCUGCUGUCAGCAGAACCUGGGGGUCGAAGGCCGUACAGCGCGGCUCUCCGGGAGAUGGACAGCCUCGUGGGCCAGAUCAAGGACAAAGUUGACCUCACAGCUAAAAACAACACAUUCCUUUGGUUUACAGGAGACAAUGGCCCGUGGGCUCAGAAGUGUGAGCUGGCAGGGAGCAUGGGGCCCUUCACUGGAUCAUGGCAAACUCGUCAAGGGGGAAGUCCAGCCAAGCAGACCACCUGGGAAGGAGGACACCGUGUCCCAGCUCUGGCUUACUGGCCCGGCAGGGUCCCCGUCAACGUCACCAGCACUGCUUUGCUAAGCGUGCUGGACAUCUUCCCCACCGUGGUGGCCCUGGCUGGGGCCAGCCUGCCCCAAGGCCGACACUUUGACGGUCUGGAUGCCUCGGAGGUGCUGUUCGGCAGGGCGCAGGCUGGGCACAGGGUGCUGUUUCACCCCAACAGUGGGGCGGCCGGAGAGGAUGGAGCCCUUCAGACUGUCCGCGUGGAGCGGUACAAGGCCUUCUUCGUCACUGGUGGGGCCAGAGCCUGCGACGGCAGCGUCGGCCCCGAGCAGCACCACGAGCCUCCCCUCAUCUUUAACCUGGAUGACGAUGUCGCAGAAGCCGCGCCUCUGGACCGGGGCAGUGCCGAGUACCAGCGGGUGCUGCCCGAGGUCAGAGCGGCUCUCUCGGAGGUCCUUGAAGACAUUGCCGGCGACAACACCUCCCGAGCCGAUUACAGUCAGGACCCUUCCGUGACCCCCUGCUGUAAUCCCCACCAGACCGCCUGCCGCUGCCAGGCCGCGUGACGGAAACACGGGAAGCGAGACGGGCGGGUUCACAUCCCGACUGCGGUUUUGCCCACUUCGCAGUGACGUGUGCUUUAAAACUAAGGCUCAGAAGUUUGUUCUGAAGCCACCACUCCGCGUCCCCCGCUGUCCCUUCCGCGUGCCGGCUUGAGGGCAUGCCGAGCCCGAGCUGUAAGAAAAGGCACCUGGGCUGUGGAGUCAGGAGUCAGGCCAGGUCCCAGCCCCAGCUCUGAACUUGGGCAGUUGUUUAACCUGACUCGCAAGCUGAUCUUGAGGAGGAGACAGGUGGUGCGUGCGGGUGCCUGCCUGGCGCGCGGCCUGACGCCUGCUCACUCGAUAUGUUCUAGCUGCCUUUUCUUAUGCACCCGGUUUUGCCGGUCAUUUGAACAGAGGCUCCUCCCGGCCGGCAUCUAGAGCAGCACCUCCGUCUUUCACAGGCACACAAAUCACCUGGGAGCCUGUGACCUUGCGGACUCUGACCAGGUGGGCUGGGGGGCCCGAGGCACUCCGUGUCUGGGAGGCUCCCCGGGGGCUGCAGACCUGACAAGGUGAGAGCUGUUUCCAGGCCGCAGAAGCCCGCAGCCCUGCCCACCGACCACCACCCCGUGCGGCAGGUCAAGCGGCUGUAUUGUAAAGAUUUUAGGGGUGCUUCCUGCUUUCAGAAACCACAAAGAAGUAAAGUUUUAAAGCCUCAAAAGUGCAUUGCCAUGGUUUUAUUAUCAGUGUCCUAAAUGGGACUGAAAGGUCAUAAAUGAUUUAUUCCAAUCGCUGCACAAACCUCUUGCCUGGCUAAAACAGCCCCUCUCUCUGUGUCGCAUAUACAAGAAAUACAGUUCAGAGAGAUUCUCCGGUAAGUACAUUUUUACGCAGCAUACGCUUUCGAAAGGAUGCUCUCUGUAAUAUAAAAUUAGGGUUAUAGACCAAGAUGGUUCGUCCACGUGGACGCUCUGGCUGGGACGCACUUUCAACAACGGCAGGAUGUGGAUUCGCAGCGGCUCCCGCACCCACCGGCCACCGGGGCUGAGACGAGCCUGCUGGGCAGCAAACUGCGUCCCGGGUUCCUGACCCCCCAUUCUGCUCACACAACCGCAUGCCUUGCAUCCACCUUCCUGGUCGUCUCCAAAACCGCCUGACAGAGGGGCGGUCCUGCCGUUCACCAUGACUGCUUCGUUUUGCCCUUCUGAUCGCCGCGGCACAAGAUUAUCUACCGAAAUCAAAACAGAACGGCCUUACUCUUUCCGGGAAGGGGCUGACGGGCCGGCUGCACGGUCAGCAGACCUGUGCCCACGCGGGGUCGGCGGGGGCAGGCUGGGCCCAGCAGAGCUUUCCCGCCUGUCUGUCCACAGGCCGACCCUCGCAUGUGGUCACGGAAGAGUCACCCGUCUUCUUUAGGUGUAGACGAGGUGGCAGUUUCCGAAAAUACUUUUCGUAAAAAUAUGUGUGUGUAUUGAUGUGUAUAUGGGUUGCUUUUUUUUUUUUUUUUUUUUUA